AUGGCGGUAAAUGUCUAUGCGACUAAUGUGACAACAGACAACCUCAGUAGACAUGAUAUGCUUGCAUGGGUUAACGAUUGUCUGCAAUCAUCUUUCACGAAAAUUGAAGAAUUAUGUACGGGUGCUGUUUAUUGCCAGUUCAUGGACAUGCUCUUCCCUGGUUGUGUACCUUUAAAGAGAGUCAAAUUCCGUACUAACUUGGAGCAUGAGUACAUACAGAAUUUCAAAAUUCUACAGGGAGCAUUUAAAAAAAUGAACGUCGAUAAGGUAAUUCCAGUGGACAGGCUGAUAAAAGGGCGAUUCCAAGACAACUUUGAAUUUUUGCAAUGGUUCAAAAAAUUCUUUGACGCAAAUUACGAUGGACUUGAGUACGAUGCAUUUGAAGCUCGUGGCCGGGUUCCACUGGGUAAUGGUGUUGAUGGUUGUCAUAAUUCAUCAAAUCCUCAACUGGUACCGCUGCCAGCACAGCCGCGACCAUCUCAAAUGCAUCAAAAACCAAUUCCACAACAGCGUAACAUCGCACAAAGACAACCGGGUCGUUUCCAAGACAACUUUGAGUUCUUGCAGUGGUUCAAGAAAUUCUUUGACGCAAACUACUCCGGAAAUGAAGCUUAUGAUGCACUCGCAAUGCGGGGAGGUGAACCCAUGGGUAGUGGCGGAAGUAACGUACCACGCGGUUCAGGCAUGAUCAAACGGCCCUCACCACGCGACCCACCUGCUUCUAAACCCAUUGCGCGUACCGUAAACAAAAUUCAACCCACCCGUCAACCAAUGAAACAAACCAUCGGCAGUCGUGGAGAUAAUGGUAAAGUGGAUGAGCUCACUUCGCAGGUUUCUGAACUCAAAGUAACAAUUGAUGGGUUAGAGAAGGAACGAGAUUUUUACUUUGGUAAAUUGCGAGAUAUUGAAUUGAUGUGUCAAGAGACUGAGGAAGACCAACCACCAAUCGUACAAAAAAUAUUGGAUGUUCUUUAUGCUACCGAGGAUGGUUUUGCACCACCAGAAGAAUUGGAAGGUGAUGGUCUUGCUCCAGAUGACGAAGAAUAUUAA